AUGAACAACCUUGCCAGUGUUCCUGAGGAACCAGUUCGACUUAUCACACCUCCACCAAAAGAUCAUAGGACAACUGUGAAUGAAAUUAUUGAGUUAGAUAGUGAUGAUGACAUACCAUCAGACGUGCAGACCUGCUCGCCAUAUCACAAAUGUUUUAAUUCAUCUAAAACGCCGCCUUGUGUUCUUAGAAAAAAUGCGAUUGAAGCUGAGAAAAACUUUAAAGAUCUUGUAGAACUUACAGAACGGGAAAAGAUUUAUACGCCACGUGUGGUCGAACUAAUCGAAAAGCUGGAGCACAGUACAUCAGUUAUAGCUAAACUGGAGGAAAAUAUUGACAUCCUGAAAAAGCUUAGCAAAGAAAAUGAAUCAGAAAUAGAUGUAUUAAGAGAAAAAAUCAUUAAAACUGAAGAAGAGGUUAGAAGUGUUACAUCAGCUAAGGUUCAAUUAGAAGCACUUUGCAUAGAGUACAAUACGAAGCUCACAGAUUGGGAAGUAACAUACGAUACUUUAAAGAAAAAGGCCAAAACAAGGGAAGAAGAGUUGCUUUCUCGGUUGGAAGAGUUUGCCAAUGUAAAAAAAAUUGUCAACACUGUUGAAGCACAAGGAAUUGUGCAAAUCAAAGACACAAAAGAUAUAAGCGCUACUGCAAGUGAUAAAAUCGACGACCUUAAGAAAGAACUGGACAAUGGCAAAAAAAUGAAUUCGGCAAAUAUUCCCAAAUCCAACAUGCUCUCAGAAAAUACCAAAGAUACUAAAGACGUAAUGCCAAUGGCGUGCCUUGAAUGCAUUAAGAAAGAUGAGCAAAUCGAAUCUCUUGAACAUAAACUUUCCAAUACGCACACUCGUUUGAAUAGAAGCUAUAGCGACUCCGACAGCUCCUCCCGAUACAAUAAGAUAUGCACCUUGCAAAAUGAAUUAGAAGCCGGCAGGGAAGACUGUAACGAGUUAAAAGAAGAAGUGACAACAAUUAAGAACCAACUCGAAAGUAAUAAUUUAUCGAUCAGUCAAGCGAUGGACUUAGACGAAAGCAUCGGCGAUACGAAUGCUGUUGAUUCCGUUACGAACAAGUCCGUCAUGCCGAAAAUAACAGAGGAACACGUCACCGAAAUAUACAACCACGAUAAAUUGGAUUGCUUAAACUAUUACAUAGAAAAAGCCGGCAACGAGAGGAAUUUUAACAGAGACGUCAAGAUUAUUGACGUGAUGAAAGCGCUCUAUACUAAUCUAAUGACGGAACACGAGAAUCAGAUUGAAAUAAUGGCGAAUCAACUGAGGGAUUACGAAGAUUCCAAGCGCGAAAUACAAGAAAAGAUUAUUAACGUAACGAAAGAACUGGAGAAGAACUAUUGUGACGCGAAAGAGAUUGAAAAUAAAUUAUCAAUAUUGAGAAAAAACAUUGAUGUUGUGAUAGAACAUGCUUCUACCACCGAUGCAAUUGAAUUGUUCAAACAAAAAGUUUUAAUGGUCCUAGACACAGGAUUUUCUAUGAAUAGUAGAUCAAUUUUUGAAACUAUACUAGAUCAUACAAUCAGUAAAAACGUAAAUGAUUUAGAUGAGACUAGGAUUAAAUACGUUCAAUUAGAAGAAUGUUCUCGUAAGUUAAAAAUGGAAUUGGAAUCGGCACAUAAGGAGAUAUUGCAGUUUAAAUCGUCGCUAUCCGAUAAGGAAAAGGAAUGCAAUUUACUUGUGGCGCAAAAGGCCAAGAUUCAUGAAAUUAACAAUGCCCUUACCAUGGAUUUGGUCAAUAGAGAUAAAGAACUAUCUGAAACAAUUAUUGAACUUUAUAAAAAACUUGUCGAUGGGAACUUGCUAAAAACUAACGAUGUUGAUGACACAUUGGCUCCAAUUAAAAAACUUCACCUGCUGAACGAUCUAUUAGUUAAUUAUAAUAAUGCACACAUAUCAGAAAAAGAGAAGGAAAUAAACGUUCUUAAGCAAGAUAUUACGAAUUAUAAAAUGGCUAUAGAGGAGAAAUCAAGAGAACUAUGUGCAAUGACAGAGCUAUAUGGAAACACAAAAGAACUUAACGAUAGAAGUCUCAAACACAAAGAAGAUGAAAUACAAAAACAAAAAUCACUAUAUAACGAUCUGAACACAAUAUACAAUACAAAGGUCGAAGAGAACAACGUCAACCGUUCAUUGAUACAAAAGUUGACGGAGGAAAUCUGCAUACUUAAAGAGAGUAUCUCAAGAAAGGACACAGCAAUACACGACCAACAGGUCAAAUUAGAUAAGUUUGUAGAAAAGAGUGCUCAGAGCGAAAAUAAGGUGGCGGAGCUGAUGCAAUACAUUUCAACAGCGGAAGCCCAACUCGACAGUCUAAAACUCGUCAACCAUACCUUAAACGUGGAGAAAGAAGCAAUCGCGGCCGAAUACGAAAAAUUGAGAGCGGUGAUUGAUCAAAAUAAGAUUGAACAAGAGAAGAUGGAAUCCGACAUUUUGGUGUUAAAAGAAUCCGUCAUGGAGAAUAACAAUGUUGUGGACGGUCUUAAAUGCAAAAUCACUACGUUAUCGCAAGAAAACUUGCAAAUGAAGGAACAGUUGCAGGAUAAGUGCAAAGAGCUGUCGCGGCUGGAGUUCAACAUAAAAACGCACGAGACCACGGCGAAAAUACAGACUAAAAUGAUAUCAAGACUGCAAAAACAGAAAGACGAAGACGCGAACGCUAUCAAUGAAAAGGACAGACGACUGGCGGAACUCGAUCGGAAGUGCGACGCUUUGCAAAAGGAUUGUGCGCGAAUGAACGAUUGCAUUGCCGAUCUUAGACAAGAAUUGGACACGUUGGAACAAUUGAAACAUUCCCUCGAGGAAAAGGUGACGCAGUUAGAAAGCGGUCAUGAGGGUGUCCACAAAUCCCGCUUGUCUAUGGAGUCCGUGACGGACUCGUCCCGGCGCAGAAGGCAGAGCAUCCACGACUCCACGCGGGCGUUUGAUGACAUAGCACAAGAUCACAACACGGCGGAGAUGGUUCCAAACGGCCGCCCCAAAGUCGAGGAGUUGAUGGAUGUCGACGAAGACAGUUCUUGCCGCAGCACGCCUGUCCGGCACAGCAAAGGGCGGGAUAGUUUGCUGUCAAAACACGAGGAGAGCGAGGAGGAGGAUCGUGCGUCCCGCUCUAGCAGCGCGACGGCGGCGCGGCGCAGGCGGCGCAGCACCCACGACCUGCAGCGGACCGCGCUCAGGAACACGCCCGACGGACACGAUCUAAUGCGCAGCAAGUUGAGAGAUGAAUCGAAGUGCAGCACGUCGAAUGAAUGCAGCGUCAAUAGUGCUGUCAACGAGCUGCAAGAUCGCUUGUCUUGCUGCCAGCAAGAACUGGAGGAUCUCAAGGAGAGAUACAAGGAGUUGGACGAGGAGUGCGAAACAUGCGCGGAGUACUUGCGGGAAAGGGACGAACAAUGCGCAAGGUUGAAAAAGGAGAAAGUCACUUUAGAGAAAAUUAUAAUGGAGUUAAAUGAAAAAGUCCAGAACAAUUCUAGUCGGAAUAUUUCAAGAGCUGACUUUGCACACGCGGCCGUAAAUACGGAUGAAGAUUGGGCUAACCUCCAUUCUGUCGUCGUGGAUAGAAUGUCAUUCGACGCCGAAGUCGAGAAGAAUAAAAGAUUGACAAGGACAAUAGAGGAAUUACGCUUCAACAAGCAAGAGCUAAAGAUUGUCGUGACGAAAAUGCAAAAAGCAUUGGAAGAGAAAACAUCAAAGGAAGCUAAGGAAUUGGAGAGAACUAGAUUGGAAUUGCACUCCUGUAGAGAAGAAUUAGAAGAUGUAAAGAGGAGAAAUAAAGAACUUGAUGAAGAAUGUGAGACUUGUGCGCAGUAUUUGAGAGAAAGGGAUGAGCAAUGUAGGAGGCUGAAAGAAACUAUGGCAGCACUAGAGGCGAAGCUGCAGGAAUCGCAAGAGGGCGUCGGCCACGUGUCGCUCUCCAUGCGAAAGAAACGACAAACUCUUUACGACCUCAACCGCCGCCCGGCAAACGAUCAAGUGGACGCCUCUACAGAGAUCAGCGAAGAUUUGCUCAGCCGUCAGGUAGAAAGGGAUAACGGUCAGUCGGUUGCCGAUGACAUGCAAACAAAGCUUAUUAAGAAACUCAAGGCGGCGAUAGAGAAUUUAACCGAGCAGAAAGCCACCCUGGAACAACAGCUGAUGGCCACGGCAACAGCCCCCGUCUACGUGGCAACGGGGAGCGCUAUUGUCCAAAAUCAGCAGCUCACGGAUGUCAUGAAGGAGAACCGAAAACUGAAGAAAAUGAAUGCUGAACUGAUAACUCUAUGCAAGAAGCGUGGCAAAGCCAUGAUCAAAUCAAACCGAGAGAACCAAGACCCCACAGAAGAGAUC